AUGGAUUACUCAAAGUUUCUUAGUACUCGGAGCAAGGAGCGUAAAGAAUCACCUAUUCGUGCCUUGUUCAAAUAUGCUGUGCAAGAAGACAUGAUGCCACUUCAUGCUGGUCAGCCCAACCCUGAUACUUUUCCUUACGAGAGUAUGUCGGUGACAUUAAAAUCGGGCGAAACUAUUUCCUUUGACAAGGCUUUGUUUCAACGAAGUUUGAUGUAUGAUUUGACGUCUGGGUUGCCACCUCUCAAUGCAUGGCUCCGUGAGCUGCAAGAAUUGGAACACAAACCACCUCGCAAGGAUUUUGCAUUGUCCGUAGGCCCGGGAUCCCAAGAUUUAAUGACCAAAUCAUUUGAGAUGUUUGCAGAACCUGGUACAGCCAUGUUAAUCGAAGAUCCCACUUAUGCUGGCGCUUUAUCUUUUUUGAAUACAAUGCCGAUCGAUUUGGUUCCUGUGGGCACGGAUGCUGAUGGCAUCAUUCCCGAUAAUCUUGAACGUAUUCUUGAAACAUGGCCAGAGCACAAUCCUAACGGCAAAAAAGAUCAACCAAGACCCAACGUCCUUUAUACCGUUCCCGUGGGUGGCAAUCCUACAGGCGUAAGCUCAACGCUUGAUCGCAAAAAACGCAUGUACCAAGUGUGUCAAAAGUAUGACAUUAUCAUCAUCGAAGAUGAUCCAUACUACUAUUUGCAGUUCAAUGAGCAACGUACUCCAUCCUACUUCUCCAUGGAUGUGGAUGGUAGAGUACUACGUCUUGAUAGUAUGAGCAAGAUCUUAUCAUCGGGAAUGCGCAUUGGAUGGGUAACGGGUCCUCCUGCAUUGGUCAAUCGAAUCGAUGUCCAUACAGCGUCAAGCAACCUACAGCCCGCUGGCAUUCCACAAUUGAUGGCUUAUGGCUUGUUAGAAAAGUGGGGUCAUCAAGGAUUCUACAAUCAUGUUAGAUCGGUGGCAGAUUUUUACCGUGAGAAACGAGAUGUGUUUAUUCAAUGCAUGGAUAAACACCUGCAGGGGUUGGCCACGUGGGUGGUGCCAGAUUCAGGCAUGUUUGUGUGGAUCCGCAUGCUUGGAGGUAUCCAAGAUUCUCAAGAAUUGAUCCAUACAAAGGCGAUUGAAAAACGUGUGUUGGCUGUGCCUGGUGUUUCGUUUUUACCCAUCCCAGGCAAAACGGAGUAUGUGCGAGUGUCUUACAGCGCUAUUAGCAAUGACAAGAUGGAUGAAGCUAUACGUCGCUUAGCUGAAGUCAUUCGUGAAGGAGCACAAGAGAAUGCAAAUGCCAAUGGUAAUUAG